UCAGAAUUCCCCAUAGGUGUUUGUUUGGGUGUAGAUCAGGAGACAUACAAGGCCGCUGAAUCACUUUCACCCUGUUCUUCUUCAGAAAUGCAAUGGCCUUAGAUGUGUGUUUUGGAUCAUUGUCAUCUGUGAAUUCAUGAUACCAUCAAUGAAAUGCAGCUCCCUGACACCAGCAGCACUCAUGCAGCCCCACAGAAGGACACUCAUUAUCAUCUUUCAUUGUAGGCACCAUGCAUUUUUCUUUGUACUCCUCACCUUUGCGGCGCCAUACAGUUUUGAAGCCAUCAGUUCCAAAAACAUUUAUCUUGGUCUCAUCACUCCAGAGUCCCACUAGUCUUCAUCUUUUUCAGCACGGGCCCUGGAAAAUUCUAGGUGGGCUUUUUUGUGCAUGGGCUUUAGGAGAGGCUUCCUCCAUGGACAAAACCCAUGAAUGCCAUUCCUCUGCAGUGUACGUAUUGUGUCACAGGAAACAAUCAGCCUAGUUUGGCUUUCUACUUCUUAAGUUAACUGCAGUGAACUUGCAUGGCGAUAUUCUUCAACCUUUCUCUUCA